GAAAUUGAUUAGAAAAGAAAAGGGAGGUGUUCUAUAUACACCCUGGAAAAGCAAAAACCGUGCCAUCCAUAUUCCAUGCUUACACUUGUCUAUCACAAAUUGGCAGCUGGGCGUUCGGUCUUUUCAUUUUAACUCGAUUCAACAGCUAAUCCAUCCGGGAAUGGCUCCCCUCCAUCAUCUCAUUAUUAGCAUGUAGUUGGAGCAUCCUCUCUUUUGUUUCUUUCAAUUUGAAACCUCAACCAACAACCCUCUUCUUCUGUCUUUCCAAAACAAAAGGGUACGACGUUUCGGGUUUCCAUGUCUUGUUGUGCUCUUUUGUUAGAGAAAGGGGGGGAGAAAGAGGGGAGGGCUGCACUUACUUGCAGCGUUGCAUUGCAUGUAGUUUGGUCUGUCCCUUGUUGAAGAAAGAGAAGGAGAAAAGCUGCAUGAUCCAACAUAUUAAUUUUUUAUUUGGAGAAACAAAAAGAGAGAAGAAAGAAACAGUAAUAUGUUGCAGAGAGCUGCAAGCAAUGCUUACUCGUGGUGGUGGGCAAGCCACAUCCGAACAAAGCAAUCUAAAUGGCUCGAGCAAAACCUUCAUGAUAUGGAAGAUAAGGUUCAAAACGUGCUCCAACUUAUUGAAGAAGAUGGAGACUCUUUUGCCAAGAGGGCUGAAAUGUACUACAAAAAGAGACCAGAGCUGAUACACUUCGUUGAAGACUCUUACCGAGCUUAUCGGGCAUUAGCUGAACGGUAUGACCACAUAUCAACAGAGCUACAAAAUGCCAACAAUACCAUUGCUUAUGUUUUCCCAGAACAAGUCCAGUUUGCAAUGGAAGAAGAUGGAGAUGAGACCCCAUCUAAAUUUGCAAAGAAGCUUCCAGAAAUCUCAAAAGCAAAUAUUCCCAAGGUCCCAAAGAUUCCUAAAGAUAUAAAGGGUAUCAUCACAUCAGCUUCAAAGAAGCUGCAAUCAAAGAAGUCAAUGAAAGGAGCAAGGAAUGCAACAGUUGCCAAGUCUGGUUUGAGCAAAUCCGAGGGACUCCAAGAGAUUGACAAAAUUCAGAAAACAAUCCUGGCUCUACAAACUGAAAAAGAGUUUGUGAAGAGUUCUUAUGACAGCAGACUUGCCAAGUAUUGGGAAAUUGAGCUUCAGAUCAGGGAAAUGCAGGAGAAGGUUUGUAAUCUGCAAGAUGAAUUUGGUGCAGGCAUGGUCAUUGAAGACAACGAAGCUCGGAAAUUGAUCGCAUCGGCAGCCCUGAAAUCAUGCCAAGAGACAUUGACUCUGUUGCAGGAGAGACAAGAGAGAUCUGCAGAAGAAGCAGUAGAAGAGCGGGAAAGAAUCAACAAUGCCCGGGGGAAGUUGAAGUCUCUCAAGGAUGAGUUUUUGCAUGGUGAGAUCAAUCCAGAAAAUCCUGAAGCCAAAGAUGAACCUUUAAAAGGAGUAGAAGGAUUGGAUAGUAUAUAUCAAGGAGUGAGCAGUGAUACAGAAGAGAGACAGGAUAUGGAGUUGUUGCGUGAGAAGAUUAAGGAAAACUUCGAGGUUGGAUCUAGUGCAUGUGUCACCAUGGGAGAACUUGCUGAGAAGAUCGAUAAACUUGUAAACAACAUCAUUAACUUGGAAGCUUCAGUUUCAUCACAGACAGCUCUUAUACAGAGGUUAAGGUUGGAGACAAAUGAACUGCAAGCAGAAAUUCAAACUUUAGAAGAAGACAAGGAAAUAUUAUUCAAUGGCAAAAAUGAUUUGAGGGAACAGCUUAGGGAAAUGGAGGAGAAAUUGUAUGGACUCCAGGAUCUAAAACAGAGUGUUGAGCACCAGAAUAACAACCUUCAGGCACAUUUUACUGAAGCUCGUUCUAAUAUCGACCACCUCUCUGAAAAAUUGCUGUCUGUAAAAUCAGAUGAGGAAUUCGAGGUCAAACCUGAAACAGGGGACAGAUCACUGGUAAAAGUUGAAUCACAAGAAGUUGCACUCAAUCCUGAUGAUAGCCUUGAGAAACAUCAGAAUGUGAAGACAAAAGAGAUGCACGAGCUCAAGGUUGGUAAAUCCCAUGAAGAUUCCAAGGGAUCAGAAGAUGCACUAAAUCCUGAUGAGAGUCUUGGGGUACAACAAAAUCUGAAGCCACGUCACGAGCUCAAGGUUUCAUAUUCUUCAGAGAAAGGAAAGGAAUAUCCUGCGGAAUCCAGUUUCUUUGCGGAGUUAAAGGAACAAGAAGAUAAAAUGAAUGAUGCUGAUAGUUCUAUAAAGACUACAGGGAUUAAAAGAGAAGAUGAAGAGAUAAAAGAGCAUGGGCAAAAUUCAAGUCAACCCAAGAAAACUAUUGACCUCAACAAUUCUCUGGAGGAACUUAGUGGCCUGGAAAUUGAAGAAAAAACUGCUAAGAAAGACUCACCUUCACCGAUGGAUGAUCUCAAUGUUGAAAUAUGGGAACAGGAAACAAUGCUAGUUGAUGAGCCAGACUGGAAGCAGUUGUUCAUGAAUGGUAUGGAGAAUAGAGAAAAAGUACUGUUGACAGAGUAUACUACAAUUCUUCGGAAUUACAAGGAAAUAAAGAAGCAGCUUACUGAAGCAGAAAAGAAGAAUGGAGAUAGCCUCUUUGAUGCAACAGUGCAGGUAAGAGAGUUGAAGAGUGCUAAUGCAAAGAAGGAUGAACAGAUUCAAUUUCUACGCCAGAAGCUGAUCCUUCUUCAAGCAGGCUUGGGUGAAGAUAGCAAACCUGUAGAAUCAAUGGUGACAGAACAAGAAGUAACAGGAGACAUCAAUGUGAUUCUAUUGGACCAACCAGAAACUACCUCAGAAAUCGAAGAUCGAUUCCGGAUGAACAUUGAUGAAGUUCUAGAAGAGAACUUGAAUUUCUGGUUAAGGUUCAGCACUACAUUCCAACAAAUACAGAAAUUUGAAACUGAAGUUCAAGAUCUACAGUCUGAGUUGUUCAAACUAGAGGAAAAGCAAAAGAUUCAAGAUGGGAGUAGUAAUGCAAAAUAUUCUUUGAAAUCAGAUGCGCGACCACUAUACAAGUACCUUAGAGAGAUACAUACUGAACUGACAGUCUGGUUAGAGAAAAGCAUGCAACUGAAAGAUGAAGUGAAGAGCAGAUUUGCAUCUUUGUGCGACAUUCAAGAUGAAAUAACAGCUGUAUUGAAGGAGAGUGCUGAAGAUGAUGAGUUCAGGUUUACAAGCUAUCAAGCUGCUAAGUUCCAAGGAGAGAUUUUGAACAUGAAACAAGAGAAUAACAAGGUUGCAGAUGAAUUGCAGGCAGGCUUAGAUCACAUAACAACACUCCAACUCGAAGUUGAAAGAACACUGGAAAAAUUGAACGAGGAAUUUAAGCUUUCCGGAUCAAAGCACCGUCAAAAUAUCCAGCUUCCACACUCAGAAACUCGAUCUCGAGUUCCUUUGCGGUCGUUCAUCUUUGGCAUAAAACCCAAAAAGCAAAAGAAUUCAAUCUUUUCUCGCAUGCACCCUGCAAUGAAUAGGAGACAUCUAAGAUCAGGACCUAACGUGUAAAUUAGUGCUAUUUGAAUCGGUUGGCUGAGUUCUAUCUAAUCCAUUUGUUGUUGUUGUUGUUGUUUCAGAA